CGGUGGAACUACAGGCCAUUCUCUUUUACUUAUCAUGCCAUGGCAUACGAGAGAUAUUCAUAUGUGCGUCCCAACGUGCGGCUGUUUGACAAUCAACGAUACAGCCACCAAUAUCCGCGCUAUCAAUCAGGCGACAAUGGAAUUCCCGGUAUAGCUGGGAUAGAUUAUCCGAUCUUCCGCCAAGUUCCGUGGACGCGAUUCCAAUGCGAACAGCAACAACAUCCGGGUUAUUAUGCUGACCCUGAGACCGACUGUCAGGCGUUCCACAUCUGUCAAAACGGCGGUCGUAAGGACUCGUUCCUUUGUCCGAACGGUACGUUAUUCAAUCAGGAGAGACUGGUUUGCGAGUGGUGGAAUACCGUGGAUUGCUCUCGCGCUCAAAGUUUCUACUCCAUUAACGGGGCAGUUGCAAAAGCAAUGGAGGAAGCUGAUAGACGCAUCAAAGUAGCUCCUGAAAAGAAGCUCUUCGGAGAUUAUUAUCAGCGUGGCUAUAACAUUGAGGCUGGACCUUGGAAUAAAUACAAUUGGCAAGGCGAACAACAAAGAUGGAAUGAAGACGGCACAUCGCUUCGUUACGAUCAAAAUUCGCAUUUCAUUAACAAACCUUUCUAUGAAACACCUGGGAGAUUGGUUCUUCCAUCUUCGCGAUCAAAAUUUUUCGUUAAAUCUUUGCCGAACACAAGCACUCUUUACAGCAAUUUUUAUUCGCCGAAACGGAAUUACGCGAUCGUCCAUGAUGGAUUUGACAAGCAAACGGCAAGGAACGACUUUGUGACACCGGCUAGCGCUUACUUACCUCCCCUGAUAUCGUAA